CGCUGUUUUUUUUGGGUCGAAAAGACUUCUCUGCGCUUUUGUGCUCGUAACUUACGAACAAUGUCAGUCUGCUCGCCACCACCAUCGCAUUCCCACCUCCCAAACGCCGUCGUUUCGAACGCCGUCCCCGAAUUUAGAAUUCCUCUGCAAUGUCCCCAAAACCCUAAACUCCAUUUCGAGCUCACAAACUCCUUAAAGCUGGUGGCUUCACGCCAUUCCUCGUUUCGUAACCGCCGGUUCUAUCUCAAUUGCGCAGGAUCGGAGACGACCUUUGUUGCGGGACAGAAUGGUAAUUUCACGGUGGCAGAAGCUAGGGUUUCUGAGCCGAGAAUAGAUGGCUCCGAUGGAGGCAAUGAUGGUGGUGAUAGUGGAGAUUCAUUUGGCGGUGGAGGAAGAGGUGGAGAAGGAGAAGGAGAUGGUGGUGAUAAGGGUGGGGAGGGAGAUGAGUUUGGGCCAUUGUUGAAGUUUGAUGAGGUGAUGAAGGAGAGUGAAGCUCGGGGCGUGAAGCUUCCUCAGGACAUGGUUGAGGCUGCGAAGGCUACUGGGCUUCGGGAAGUGUUUCUUCAACGCUACUUGGAUUUGCAGGGGUCAGUUUGGCCACUGGGCUUUUUGAUGAAGUACUGCUCUAUGCUACGAAAUCGUAUGCUGGCUGAUCCUUCCUUUCUUUUUAAAGUUGGGACAGAGAUAGUCAUAGAUUCUUGUUGUGCAACAUUUGCAGAAGUUCAGAAAAGGGGAAAGGAUUUCUGGGCUGAGUUUGAGUUGUACGCUGCUGAUCUUUUGGUUGGAAUAGUUGUUGACAUUGCUUUGGUUGGCAUGUUGGCACCCUAUGCUCGAAUUGGAAAGCCAUCAGUAUCAGGAGGAUUAUUUGGACGCCUGCAACAUGCUUGUGCGGCCCUUCCUAGCAGUGUCUUUGAAGCUGAAAGGCCGGGAUGUAAAUUCUCAGUGAAGCAGAGAGUAGCCACAUACUUCUAUAAGGGUGUGUUGUAUGGAUCAGUUGGCUUUGUAUGUGGUCUUAUUGGACAAGGAAUUGCAAAUCUUAUCAUGAAUGCCAAACGGAGCAUAAAGAAGUCAGAAGAGGACGUACCUGUGCCGCCUCUUGUGAAAAGUGCUGCUCUUUGGGGUGUUUUUCUUGCUGUCUCGUCCAACACUCGUUACCAGAUUGUAAACGGUCUGGAAGGGCUUGUUGAAGCAUCACCGUUGGCAAAGCGUGUGCCACCUGUUGCAAUGGCAUUUACCAUAGGUGUACGAUUUGCCAACAAUAUCUACGGCGGUAUGCAAUUCGUAGAUUGGGCUAAAUUGAGUGGAGUGCAAUAGCAGCAGCAAUGCAUACUAAUUAAUUACCAACUAUAGAGUGACAGAUUUUGCUUCCGGUUCUCAAAUGCUGAAUGGUCGUGUAUGUUCUUUAUAUUUUUGACUCAGAUUUAGUCUGCUAUAGAUCACCCCCAAAAGGAGGGGGCUAGAUCAUUUUGCUGGGGGCUUGAUAAUAUAUUGCUUAUGUUAGUGAUAAGAAACAA